AAUCCAUCUCUCACCGCUCCCCGUUCUCUCUCUCUAGUCGCCUCCCACCUCGCCCCCCGUUGCGUCCCUCCCCUCCUGCCUUCUCGCUCCGCCCUCCAAUCCCCUACACGCCAGGCGAGGCGAGGCCAGCUCCCCCGCAUCCCCGCCCGCCGCGCGAGAAUCCCGAGGAGGGAUCGGAGGACGGCCGCCUGCCCCUCCGCCAGCCAGCCAGCCACCCGGACUCGCCGCUCCCUCCCUCCCUCCCAGGUCGAAUUCGCCCCGGCGGCGUAGGAAUCCCCGCAGGAAUUCGCCCGAGAUUUGAUCGGGAGGAGACUCCAAUGCGGGCCUCCGCGUAGCCGGAACCGGACCCCGCGCGUCGACAGGGCAGCAGGCCGCCGAGAUGGCCCGUGCGCGGAAGCGCGACCGCCUGCGAUGGAGCAAGCUCUACACCUUCUCCUGCUUCGGCCACCCACACACCGACGAGGCCGCCGGCCCCGCCGCCGUCAGCGGCAGCCCCGUCGGCGGCCCGGGCUUCUCGCGCAUCGUGCACUGCAACAACUCCAUCCUCCACCGCCGGAAGCCGCUCAAGUACCCCACCAACUACAUCUCCACCACCAAGUACAACGUCCUCACCUUCCUCCCCAAGGCCAUCUUCGAGCAGUUCCGCCGCGUCGCCAACCUCUACUUCCUCCUCACCGCCAUCCUCUCGCUCACCCCGGUCUGCCCCUUCUCCCCCGUCAGCAUGAUCGCCCCCUUGGCCUUUGUGGUAGGGCUCAGUAUGAUCAAGGAGGCCCUGGAGGACUGGCGAAGGUUCAUGCAGGACAUGAAGGUGAACAGCCGCAAGGUCAGCGUGCACAAGGGUGAAGGUGAAUUUGAGUUCCGGCAUUGGGAGGACCUUUGUGUUGGUGAUGUGGUCAGGGUUGAGAAGGACCAGUUCUUCCCUGCUGAUUUGUUGCUCUUGUCGUCGAGCUAUGAGGAUGGCAUUUGCUACGUUGAGACAAUGAACCUGGAUGGCGAGACAAACCUGAAGCUCAAGAGGUCGCUGGAGGUUACGCUGCCAUUGGAAGAGGAUGAGACGUUUAAGGAUUUCCGGGGAAUCAUAAGGUGUGAGGACCCAAACGCAAGCUUGUACACAUUCAUUGGUAACUUGGAAUACGAGAGGCAGGUGUAUGCCCUCGAUCCGUCACAGAUACUUCUCAGGGACUCAAAGCUGAGGAACACAGCCUUUAUCUAUGCAGUGGUCGUUUUUACAGGGCAUGACAGUAAGGUGAUGCAGAAUUCAACCGAGUCGCCAUCAAAGAGGAGCAGGAUUGAGAAGAAGAUGGAUUUGAUCAUAUACAUUUUGUUCACUGUUCUGGUUUUAAUAUCGCUCAUCAGUUCGAUUGGUUUUGCUGUGAGGAUCAAGCUUGAUCUGCCCAGGUGGUGGUACUUGCAGCCUCAGAACUCCAACAAAUUGGACGAUCCAACACGCCCUGCUCUUUCUGGGAUUUUCCAUCUCAUUACAGCACUCAUUCUCUACGGGUAUUUGAUUCCGAUCUCGCUCUAUGUCUCAAUUGAAGUUGUGAAGGUGGCACAGGCACAUUUCAUUAAUCAGGACAUUCAUAUGUUUGAUGAGGAGACUGGCAAUACUGCUCAGGCCCGAACUUCAAACUUGAAUGAGGAGCUUGGCCAAGUUCAUACGAUUUUGUCAGAUAAAACCGGCACUUUGACCUGUAAUCAGAUGGAUUUCUUGAAGUGUUCAAUUGCUGGGGUUUCUUAUGGUGUGCGUGCGAGUGAAGUUGAAAGGGCUGCUGCAAAGCAGAUGGCAUCAGGCGCUGCUGACCAUGAUAAUCCUGUGGAAGAUGUAUGGGAGAGUAAUGAGGAUGAAAUCCAGUUAGUGGAAGGAGUUACCUUCAGCGUGGGAAAGACCCAAAAAUCCUCGAUAAAAGGCUUUAGUUUUGAGGAUGACCGUCUUAUGCAAGGGCACUGGACAAAUGAACCAAAUUCCUCCACGAUUCUUCUGUUCUUCCGGAUACUUGCUAUUUGUCACACUGCAAUCCCCGAGGUGAAUGAGGCAACAGGUGCUCUUACUUAUGAAGCAGAAUCACCUGACGAGGGGGCUUUUCUUGUGGCAGCCAGAGAAUUUGGAUUUGAAUUUUUCAAGAGAACACAAGCGAGUGUCUUCCUCAAAGAGAAAUACACUUCCUCUAAUGGCACAACUGAGAGGGAGUUCAAGAUUCUCAAUUUAUUGGAGUUCAACAGCAAAAGAAAGCGAAUGACGGUAAUUAUGAGGGAUGAAGAUAACCGUAUUGUUCUUCUUUGCAAAGGAGCAGAUACCAUUAUAUUUGAUAGACUAGCAAAAAAUGGAAGGUUGUAUGAGCCAGAUACAACCAAGCAUCUCAAUGAAUAUGGUGAGGCAGGCUUGCGGACGUUAGCGCUAUCAUACAGAAUGCUUGAGGAAUCAGAAUAUGAAUCUUGGAAUGCUGAGUUUCUUAAAGCGAAGACAUCCAUUGGACCUGAUAGGGAAUUGCAACUUGAGCGAGUCGCAGAUUUGAUUGAGAAGGAGCUGAUCCUUGUUGGUGCAACAGCGGUUGAGGACAAACUACAAACAGGGGUUCCUCAGUGCAUUGAUCGCUUGGCACAAGCAGGUCUCAAAAUCUGGGUUCUGACGGGCGAUAAGAUGGAAACUGCAAUCAACAUAGGAUACGCAUGCAGUUUACUUAGGCAAGGAAUGAAACAGAUAUCCUUGUCCACAACCGCUGGUGACCAAGUAGCCCAGGAUGCACAAAAGGCUGCGAAAGAGAGUCUUAUGUUGCAAAUCGCCAAUGCUUCACAAAUGGUAAAGCUAGAGAAGGAUCCUGACGCAGCAUUUGCUCUUGUUAUUGAUGGAAAAGCUCUUACAUUUGCUUUGGAAGAUGACAUGAAGCAUAUGUUCUUGAAUCUAGCAGUAGAGUGUGCUUCUGUCAUAUGUUGCCGUGUGUCUCCAAGACAGAAAGCACUGGUGACCCGACUGGUCAAAGAAGGCCUUGGAAAAACCACUUUAGCAGUAGGUGACGGUGCAAAUGAUGUGGGCAUGAUUCAAGAAGCUGAUAUUGGUGUUGGUAUUAGUGGGGUCGAAGGCAUGCAGGCUGUGAUGGCGAGUGACUUUUCUAUUUCCCAAUUUCGGUUCCUUGAGCGACUUCUUGUUGUACAUGGCCAUUGGUGCUACAAGAGAAUUGCCCAAAUGAUCUGCUACUUCUUUUACAAGAAUAUUACCUUUGGACUUACAAUAUUUUACUUCGAGGCAUUCGCUGGAUUUUCCGGGCAAUCAGUCUAUGAUGAUUGGUUUAUGCUGCUUUUCAACGUUGUUCUUACCUCUCUACCUGUUAUAUCACUUGGAGUAUUUGAGCAAGAUGUUUCUGCUGAAAUCUGCUUGCAGUUCCCAGCGCUAUAUCAGCAAGGACCAAAUAACCUUUUCUUUGACUGGUACCGGAUUUUAGGAUGGAUGGCAAAUGGCCUCUACUCAUCUCUGGCGAUAUUCUUUCUCAACAUCUGUAUAUUCUAUGAUCAAGCAAUCCGCUCUGGUGGACAGACUGCCGACAUGGCUUCAGUGGGAACCACCAUGUUCUCCUGCAUCAUCUGGGCUGUCAAUAUACAGAUUGCUCUGACAAUGAGCCAUUUCACGUGGAUUCAACAUCUGUUUGUGUGGGGCAGCAUAGGGACUUGGUAUGUCUUCAUUAUCACAUACGGGAUGGCUUUGAAGUCCAGAGACAACUUCCAGAUUAUGACAGAAGUUCUCGGGCCUGCUCCCAUUUACUGGGCAGCGACCCUUCUGGUGACUGCUGCUUGCAACAUCCCCUACCUGAUUCACAUAUCCUACCAGAGAUCAUGCAAUCCACUUGAUCACCAUGUGAUUCAGGAGAUCAAGUACCUACGGAAAGACGUCGAAGACGAAACAAUGUGGAAGAGGGAACGGUCUAAGGCGAGACAGAGGACCAAGAUUGGUUUCACCGCAAGGGUAGACGCAAAGAUUAAGCAGCUCAAGGGGAGGUUGCAUAAGAAAAGCCCGUCGUUAACCAUCCAUACUGUAGCGUAGAACACCUCUGAGUCAUCUGGUAGUCUCGUCGACAGUAGUUGUCGUCUUACUUGCUCCUGCAAGGCAGCGGUUUUUGGCUUCACCGAGUGAUAAGGCGAUUUUUUCUCUUUGUCCAGCCUAAUUUUUUCUUUCAAUUUGUUGCUGUUCUUUUUCUUGUCCAUUUGUGUAAGAAAUGUUGGGUUGUAAUUGGUGGCCUUACCCCCCAAGUAGAAGUUCUGAAGCCAGCCGUGUAAAAAGUAUAGCUCCUUUCAGUUGGAAGAGACAAACCUACCGAGAUAGCUGACAGUAUAUGUAUAUCUGCAAUUUUGACUAUCCUUGUGACUGUUAUCUGCAAUGCUAUCCUACCGAGAUAGCAUUGCCCCUCCGUACUGAACAGAACCGAGCAUUGUAUUCUUCUUCUUUUUUUGACUUGCGAGCACUGUAUUCUUGGUUGUUCAUUGUACUAGACUUUCCUAUACGACAGUGUUAGUUAGCAUUCAUACAAAUAGCAGAAAUCGUAUCUAACAUGGUGCGGAAAAUCACUACGCGCAGCAUAAUUUGGAAAAAGACAGUCUUCUCUCUUCCACAUCGAGUUGCUGAUGCAGUUUGCUUCCAUUGCUAAUGAUCCAUUUACAUUAUCUAUCCAUAAUGUUGGCCAGUGAUAACAUAUUUAGCGGCUACAGUAUGUGCGUGUGUCAUUUGUGUAUAUAUAUGUAUCAUAUACAAUAAUCAUCCUAAGAGUGGAAGUAGUGCGGUUGUGUGGAUCGGCACAUAAUUGGAGACACUCUCUACUUACAUGCAGUAUGGCGAGGAGUGUUUGGGCACUUUCUAAAGGGAUUUAAAAGAUGACAUGGUAGAGUACAUGAGCCUCAACCAAGACAGGAACGCGAAGCAGUGGCUGUUUGCGGUGAAUGAGACACUUCAGAUGAUUUCCUCUGGCUAAUUGUGACUCUAUGGGCCAUCUGGGCGGCUAGACAGAAGGUAGUCCGUGAAAAUAUUUUUCAAGGCGAGUCAGUAAAAAAGCAAACUCGCUCCCGUGCGGCUCCUGCGGCCGCACCGGGGCGCCCAGAUCCAGCCGCCGGGGGACCUCCCCUGCCUCCCCACCUCCCCUCGCCGCCGCCGGAGGUCGUCGCCGGGCAAAGCCCGGUGGCGACGGCGGCGGUGGGGCUGUUUCUGUGGCGCGGUAGCUGCGGGCGUGGAGGGGGCUCGGCUGCGAGCUUCGGCGGCGGGGUCGCGUCUUGGCGUGCCGGGGGUGCGCGGUCCUGCAGGGGCCGCUCAAGGUGUGAGACGAUGCAGGCGAGGUGGCGGACGAGGAGCUGGACGCGACGGUGCUGACUGGUGGUGGUUGCGGUCUGCAGAGCUGGGCGGCGACGGAUCUGGGAGUUCUUUGCCCAGAUUUGGCACUGGUGGUGCUCGGGGCUGUGAAUCGGGGCAGAGGCCCAGCUAGGCAUGUUCACGGAUGCGCGUUAGGAGGUACGUGGACGCCGGGGCGGCGGCCCCGGGAUGGCGGCAAUGGCAUGGAGCUCGUCGUGGCUUGAGGUGCUACGUUCAGGUUCGUGCAGUGGUGGUGGUUGGCGGCAGCUGGUGGUGGAGGUGUGUUCUCCAGUGAUCCCGACGCCAUCCGGUGCUCUGGAUCCGCAAGUUCUGUUAUAUGGCGAGGAGCUCCGGCGAAAGCACUGCCUUGACCAAGGUCAGGCCGACGACGGCGGCGCUACUGGCGUCGUCUACCUUCUUGGAGGCGUCGUUGUGGAGCUCCGUCGACAUCAUGACGGAUUUGGCUCUCCGGAUGAAAUUUUUUGCCUCGGUCUUCCGAAGCGGGCGGCGGCGGCGUCUACGUCGUGACCUCCUUGGAGGCGUCGUUUGGGAGAGACUGUCGCGAGCGAUCUCUUCACCACCAAGGUUAGUGGAUGUUGGGGCAGCGGCCAUGAAUUUGUGCGUCGAGACGGCGGUCUCGGAAACCAAUGCGGUGCCAACUCCAUGAGGUAGGGUUGCUGCUCAGCAUGGCUUGGGUGGCGAUCUUGAGCGGCGAGGGCGGCAGGGUCGUCGGCUCGGUUGACGCGUUCAAGAGUGGACGGUUGGACGAUAUGUCGGGGCAGCGGCCCCGGAAGUGGUGCGACGGCUGUGGUCUGCGGGCAGUCACCCUGUGCAGCGUGGGUUGCGGGUGGCUGCGUCGUGCGGCGUUGUAGCUCAAGGGUGAGCGGUGGUAUGUCGGGGCAGCGGCCCCGGAAGUGGUGCGACGGCCGUGGUCUACGGGCAGUCACCCUGUGCAGCGUGGGUUGCGGGUGGCUGCAUCAUGCAACGUUGUAGCUCGAGGGUGAGGGGUGGUAUGUCGGGGCAGCGGCCCCGGAAGGUGGUGUCGGUGGACCGCACAGGGUGCAACGGAGCGGUGGAUGUCGGGGCGGCGGCUCCGAGACUUUGCAGCAUUGAGAACUUCAGCUUCGUGUUGUCUGGGCGACGAGGUUGCCUUCGAUGUUGCUCGUUGUCAUAUCAGGGAAGCGGGUCAUGUGGAGUGCAUGCUCUUCAUUUCUACGGGAGGGUCUCGUGGCUGCUCCUCUCAUAGUAGUCAUGGAUUCUUCUCUCCGGCAGCGGUGGAAGUUGUGUGUUCGACAUGUUGUUGGCAAAAGUAGGCUUAGUCAUGUGUGCGUGAUUGUGUGGGAGUGGGCUUGGCCCUUGUUGUAUCGGUUUUCGCCCAGUUUUUCACUAAUUAACUAAGCAAUUCUCUUGUGCUUAA